GGAUAGCACGGAGUGCCGACCACCUACAUAUACAUCCCAGCCAUGCCCAUCCUCCACACCACCACCACUCCCCGCCUUCUCUCUCUCACCCACAAACACACAUCUCCCAGCUUACCACCAUGGUCGCCGGCGUACAGAUCCACACCACCGUAGCCCAGCAGGCACAGGCAGAGAUCCUCACCGAGGACGCUCUCAAGUUCCUCGCUGCCCUCCACAGGACCUUCGAGUCCACCCGCCAGAGCCUCCUCGUCGCCCGCGAGGCCGCCCAGCAGCGCCUCGACGCAGGCCAGCCCCUCGACUUCCCGCCUGAGACCGCCCACAUCCGCGCCGACCCCUCAUGGCUCUGCGCGCACCCCGCGCCCGGCCUCGAGGACCGUCGCGUCGAGAUCACGGGCCCCACCGACCGCAAGAUGGUCAUCAACGCCCUGAACAGCGGUGCGAAGACGUUCAUGGCUGACCUCGAAGAUGCGAACUCUCCCACAUUCUCCAACAUGGUCAACGGCCAGAUCAGCCUCCGUGACGCGAUCAGGCGCAAGAUCGACUUCGAGCAGGGCGGGAAGCAGUACAAGCUGAGCGAGAAGCCGGCCGUCCUCAUCGUCCGACCGCGUGGCUGGCACCUGGACGAGCCUCGCGUAACCAUCGACAACGCACCCAUGUCCGGUUCGCUCUUCGACUUUGGUCUCUACUUCUUCCACAACGCAAAGGAGCUCGUCGCGCGUGGAUCGGGACCAUAUUUCUACCUUCCCAAGAUGGAACACUACCUCGAAGCGCGUCUCUGGAAUGACGUCUUUAACUUCUCGCAGUCUUACAUCAGGAUUCCGCUCGGCACCAUUCGUGGUACCGUUCUCAUCGAGACGCUCCCCGCUGCCUUCCAAAUGGAGGAAAUCCUCUUCGAGCUCAGGACGCACUCCUCAGGUCUCAACUGCGGCCGUUGGGAUUAUAUCUUCAGCUUCAUCAAGAAGCGCAGGGCAGACAGGGGCGCGGUUCUCCCUGACCGCAAGGAUGUCACCAUGGAAGUGCACUUCAUGGACUCCUACGUGCGCCUGCUCAUCCAGACUUGCCACAAGCGACGAGUCGCUGCGAUGGGCGGUAUGUCCGCGCAGAUCCCCAUCAAAAACGAUCCUCAGGCAAACGAGGUUGCUAUGACUAAGGUUCGCAACGACAAGCUGCGCGAGGUCACUGCCGGCCACGACGGCACAUGGAUUGCCCACCCUCUCAUCAACAAGAUUGCCAUCGAUAUCUUUAACGAGCACAUGCUGGGUCCCAACCAGUACCACGUUCGCAGGGAGGACGUCAAGAUCGCUGCUGCCGAUCUGCUGAACUCCAAGGUGCCGGGUCAGAUCACCUCCAUUGGUGUGCGCGAGAACGUCGCGACCGCGCUCUCCUACAGCGCGGCAUGGCUCGGCGGCAACGGCUGCAUCCCGCUGAACUACCUCAUGGAGGACGCCGCGACGGCGGAGAUCACGCGCGUGCAGCUCUGGCAGUGGGUCAAGUACGCCGUGCGCAUGUCGGACAACGGCCAGGCCGUCACGGCGGAGUACGUCGACACCCUGAUUGACGAGAUCGCGCCCACGCAGAAGGGCCCGGCGGUCAGCGAGAAGAACCUCGAUAUCGUUGCGAAGUACUUGAAGGCGCAGAUCCGCAAGGAGUGGCCGAGCGAGUUCUUGACGAGCGACCUCAUGGGAUACCUCGCCGUCGCUGACGGGUGCCCGGCGGCGUGGCAGAAGAGCGUGCUAUGAGCGGGGGUUUUCUGGACGGUACCGGUUUGUAGCGACUCGCUUGUGAUAUCUUGUAUUGUAGCACGUAUACUAUAUUCCUCGCAUCUGUACAAUAGUGGGUUACUCGACGAUACGAAUUACUUCCGUCAAUGGUACAUGGCUUAUAUUCUGCCUGGUC